AUGUUCUGGAAGAGGCUGAUUUACAGAACACCUCUCCCGAAGCAGAAGUUCGUCGUUUAUUUAGGACCAUUGAACGUGAAAAGAAUGGCCUACACUCUGAGCUCCCCAAGUGAUGGCCAGACCCGUGUGGGGCCUCAACACUGCGUCACACGAGUGGAGAUGUCUGUCACGGCCACAGGCCUCUUGGACCGAGAUGUAGCCUCCAAAUCAGACCCUUUCUGUGUCUUGUUCCAUGAGGUGGACGGCAACUGGGUCGAGCUUGGCAGAACUGAAACUGCUGUGAACAACCUGAACCCAGUGUUUGGAAAGAAGUUCCAGGUGGAUUAUCACUUCGAGGAGAUCCAGAAACUGCGCUUUGCCAUGUUUGAUGAAGACAAGUGUGCUACGCAGCUUUACGAACAUGACUUCCUCGGGGAAUUCAUCUGCAAUUUGGGAGUGAUUGUGUCAAAUAAGAAACUACACAGACCGCUAAUCUUGGCCAAUGGAAAGCCAGCUGGGAAAGGCUCUAUUACGAUAACAGCUCAGGAGCUGUCUGACAACAGAAUCAUCACUUUGACCCUGAGUGGGCGCAAGCUGGAUAAGAAGGAUUUCUUUGGCAAGUCCGACCCGUACCUAGAGUUUCACAAGCAGGGAGAGGAUGGAAAGUGGAUGCUGGUGCACAGGACAGAGGUGAUAAAGAACACUCUAGACCCGUCUUGGAAGUCCUUCACUGUUCCUCUUAUUUCUCUGUGCAACGGGGACGUGAGCAGAAAUAUAAAGGUGCUGUGCUACGACUACGAUAACGACGGCGGACAUGACUUUAUUGGAGAGUUUCAAACAACUGUUACCAAGAUGAGUGAAGCCCAAAAUGGAGUGGAGGUGGAGUUUGACUGUAUCAACCCCAAGAAACAAAAGAAGAAGAAAAACUACAAAAACUCUGGGAUUAUAAUUGUCAAGUUGUGCAAGAUAACGAGGGACUACACCUUCCUGGAUUACAUAUUGGGCGGCUGCCAGCUCAUGUUCACUGUCGGUAUUGACUUCACAGCUUCUAAUGGAAACCCACGUGAGCCGUUCUCGCUCCAUUAUAUUAAUCCACUCGGCAGUAACGAGUAUCUCGCCGCAAUCCUGGCAGUGGGACAAAUCAUACAAGAUUAUGACACUGACAAAAUGUUUCCUGCGCUGGGUUUCGGCGCCCAACUCCCACCAGAAUGGAAGGUCUCUCAUGAGUUUGCCAUAAACUUUGACCCCACCAACCCGUUCUGCUCAGGUGUGGAAGGGAUCGCACAGGCGUACUCUGCCUGCCUGCCUCACAUCCGUUUCUAUGGACCCACCAACUUCGCUCCAAUUAUCAACCAUGUAGCACGCUUUGCUGCCCAGGCCCUUCAGCAAGAGAAAGCAGCGCAGUACUUCAAUCUCCUCAUCAUCACUGACGGUGUCAUCAGUGACAUGGACGAGACCCGUGACGCCAUCGUCCAGGCCUCCAAACUGCCCAUGUCCAUCAUCAUUAUCGGAGUAGGCAACGCCGACUUCGCUGCCAUGGAGUUCUUGGAUGGGGAUGCCAGUGUCCUGCGUUCCAGCACUGGGGAGGAGGCAGUCCGGGACAUAGUGCAGUUUGUCCCCUUUAGAGAUUUCCGGAAUGCUCCAAAAGAGACCCUGGCCAAGUCUGUGCUGGCCGAGCUGCCUCAGCAAGUCACCCAGUAUUUCAAGCAGCGGAACGUCCCGCCAGCCAACCCUGCUCCCGAGUGA